AUAUAAAUAUAUAUAUAUAUUAGUGUAGAGUCUACAUUGUAGACAAAAGCACGUAGGUUUAUUCCACAGAAGGUGGUAGGUUAAGGUAUAUUUUUCUAAGAUCCUGUUUAAAUUAUAGAUACAUUGAGUGCAUUUUUCAGCUGCCCAUCCUUUGUUAAAAAUCGUUUUGUUUUAGAAGGCCGAAAACAUUUAAAGUAAUUCUUUGGCUUUUUCUAGUAUUACGCAGGAUUUUAAACGUCUGUAGAAGGAUUUUAGUAGUUCACCCCAUUACUUUUUUUAUCGCUAACAGUAUUACACCCCAUUACUUUUCAUUUUUAAAACAAAAUGAAAACGAAGUUUUGUGCUGGUGAUGAGGCUGUUCCAUCUCCUCUUGAUGGACUUGUGAUUAAUACAAACGGGAUGACUGUCCAGUGCGACUUCGAGGAGUGCGAAGAGGUGAGGCACGAGGGUCCGAGUCUCGAGACCAAACGCAAAGCAUAUGUUUGGUGCAGAGAGUUUCUUCACGGGGCAUGGAAAACUAUUGAGGAAGAGGAAUUUCAGAUGACUAUCGUCAGAUGUCAUGUAAUAAAGGAGAGUCCAAGCAGAUGAAAGAAGAAAGUGACUAUCAGGGCACUGCAGCCAUGGUAAUGGAAAGUGUGAUGUUUGCUAUUCUGGCUGAACGAUCUCUAGGCCCAAAACUGUAUGGAAUCUUUCCCCAAGGUCGUUUGGAAGAGUUCAUACCAAGUAGAAAGCUAGCCACUGACGAGCUGUGCUUGCCUGAUAUUUCUGCAGAGAUAGCUCAGAAAAUGGCAGUGUUCCAUGCCAUGAAAAUGCCAUUCAACAAAGAACCCAAGUGGCUGUUUGGAACUAUGACUAAAUAUUUAGAACAAGUGCUGAAAAUUAGCUUCACAAGAAGAUCGCAUGUUAAAAAGUUUAACAAGCUUCUCAGUUACAACCUCCAACAAGAAAUUGAGUUUUUAAGGUGUUUGCUCCAGGAAACUUGUUCACCAGUUGUCUUCUGCCACAAUGACUGUCAAGAAGGUAAUAUUCUUCUACUUGAAAAUAAGGAAAACAAUUACAAGCAGAAACUUAUGCUUAUUGACUUUGAAUAUAGCAGCUACAAUUACAGGGGAUUUGACAUUGGAAAUCAUUUCUGUGAAUGGAUAUUUGAUUACAGUUGUGAACAGUUCCCAUUUUUCAAAGCCAAUUUGAGUAACUACCCUACAAGAGAGCAACAGCUUAAUUUUAUCUCCAGCUACUUAACUGCAGCUGAUAAUGGGUAUGCACAACUAACCAAUGAAGAAAAAUCCAGAAUGGAGAAUGAAAUGCUAACAGAAGUUAACAGAUUUGCUCUUGCAUCCCAUUUCUUCUGGGGCCUGUGGUCUACUGUUCAGGCAAAAAUUUCUUCCAUUGAGUUUGGAUAUUUGGACUAUGCUUUGUCAAGAUUUGAAACAUACUUUGCACAGAAAAAGAAGCUGAUUAAUUACCAGAAAAGCCAACAAGACUGAAAUGAAGAGGUUAUCCAUGACAUGUUUUGUUGACCAGUGUUGGAAGUGGUUGCAAAGAAGUACAGGAACUCUGACCUAAGAAAAUGUGAAAAAUUAAAGAUGAAAAGCCUCUGAAGAAGUAUUGAAUCAAGACACAUCUAUAACUUAAAAUACUAAAUUAUUUAUGUGAAAUUAUAUAAGUACAAAAUACAUUUUUGUGAUGGGAACAUCUUAUUUAAGACAGAGCUUCAAAAACUGUUAUCCAGUUUAUGAUUGGAUAAGCUUGUGUUAAUUCCAACAGAAGAAGUGCAGGGACUCUGCUCCUGCUUUAAGAAGCACAAAAGCUCUGUUACUGUGCAUUCCUGCUCGCUUUCAUCCCUGCUCUUGAUGGUAAUAUACAAAACUGUUUUUUUAUAUAAAUUAAGUACUAUUUUUUAUUCUAUAGGUGUAUUUGGUUUUAGGGACCAAUGUGGAAUGUACAUGUGCUGUAAUGUACUUGAAAAGGUCGUUUACAGAUUUUGAGUUAGUUUUGGCAAGGAGUACUUUGUUUUCUUAGAGAUGUCAGUAUAAACUGAUCAUAAAUGAUCAGCAGAAACAAAAGGAAAUGUUUUUCUUGUUUCUAAACAGUGAAUAAUGGUAAUCGUACAAACUACAUAUGUAAAACAGCAAAAUGAGCAGAUUUUACUGAGACAGAACUCAGUGGUGUAAACGUUGGCUCUAAAUGAUUGCCCCUGUUGAAGUGACACCCUGAUCCCAUGUGGAAAAAUGGGAAAAGGGGCUGUGGAUGGAUGGAGGAUGGCCAAAAAGCAUCUCAAUGACUACAUGCUGUUAGAAACAUUGAAUCUGUUCUAUAAUCCACUGUUUGUUAUCACAGUGUGUCCAUAUAACUUCAUAUGACUGCUUGAAUGAUAAAAAGUAUUUUAGAGGAUAUUUUUGUUAUGUAAAUUAUGAUUAUAAAGAAUUGCACAUUUUAGUUAAAUAGUAUUUUUUAGAAGGCUUUCAUCUUUUCAAGACAGUUUAAUUUUGCAGACUGUAUGUAACAGUGAUAUAAACUGUAUUUUAAACAGUCCAUAGGAUAGUGGCUCUGAACACUAUGUAUGAAGAGAAGAAAUUUUGAUUUAUGGCAUAUCUGUAUGAUGCAUAACAUCAGUAAGCUCACCAAUAAAGCAGAAAAGUUUACAGGU